AUGGCGUCGCUGCUUGCCGGAGCGAAAGAUUUGGCCUACAAUCCAGAUCACACACGAUGGAUGAUACCGCUGUUACUCGUCGCCGACGCCGCGUUGAGCGGCGUGAUUAUUGAGAAAAUUCCAUAUACAGAGAUAGACUGGUCGACAUAUAUGGAGCAAAUCUCCAUCUACCUCAAGGGCCAGCGCGACUACAAGCUUAUUUCCGGGUCGACAGGCCCGCUUGUGUAUCCCGGCGCUCAUGUAUGGAUUUACAAGCAGCUGUACAAGUGGACCGAUGAAGGGAGAAACAUUCCGCGUGCGCAGUACAUUUUUGCCGUUGUCUAUCUGUUGACGCUCGGUGUUGUGUUUCAAUGCUACCGGAGAGCUAGGGUACCACCAUACAUCUUUCCACUAUUGAUCUUGUCCAAGCGGCUGCAUAGCAUCUUCAUGCUACGCUGUUUCAACGACUGCUUUGCUGUUUUGUUCUUCUGGCUGGCCAUGUAUUGCUACCAACGCGAUCAAUGGCAUCUGGGAAGUGCGCUCUACACGACAGGACUGAACGUCAAAAUGAGCCUGCUUCUGCCAUUGCCGGCAAUGGGAGUUGUCAUGGUGAUGAAGCUGGGCGGACGAGAGGCGCUGACGCAAGCUAUGAUCAUUGUUCAGGUCUCGCUUUUAUACGGCUAUCCCUUCAGAAAACAGGCACCCAGUUACUUUGCUCGCGCGUUUGAAUUCAGCCGGGCCUUCCUCUACAAAUGGACGGUAAACUGGCGCUUCGUUCCGGAAGAGACUUUUCUUUCUCGACGUUUUGCCCUCGGUCUGCUCGCCCUGCACGCUGCCCUUUUGCUCUGGUAUGCACGCACCCGCUGGAUCAAGCCAUCUAAACGCAAUGCCCGGGAAUUCCUCAAGCUCUGCAUCCCAGCCAUCGAGCCCAGAGACCAGGACAUCAUGUCCAGCAAAAUCACGCCAGACUUCAUCAUGACCACCCUUCUGACCUGCAUGGCGAUUGGCAUGCUGUGCGCAAGGAGCCUGCACUACCAGUUCUACGCCUACAUUGCAUGGACCACGCCCUUUUUGCUGUGGAAAGCAGGAUUCAAUCCAGUCAUUGUGUAUGCGCUAUGGGGGGCUCAGGAGUGGGCGUGGAACGUGUAUCCGAGCACUCCGGCAAGCUCGGGGACGGUAGUGGGAGUUUUGGCGGUGGCGCUCAUGGGCGUAUGGUGGGGGACGAGGAACGAGUACGUGGGUGUGACCAAGGGCGUCAUUGAGGACGACCACCCACACAAGGAAUGA